UGCUGCGUCAGUUUUACAGGUGACUAACUCAUUUCCUCAAAUUGUUCAAAAUGGCGGAUCGGAUGUCGACUAUUUAUGCCAGCAUUUAUUAAGCUUUUUAAUGAAUGUUUCUAACUUUUGUGACGUAUUAUUAAUUUAAUGUGUAUUUAAAAACCUAAUUACAUGUUCUUACACCAUUAACUAGUCUGUAAUUUGUGCAAAGGAAAAUUUGAAGACAGUUUUGUUUUGAUAAAUCGCGGUCAAAGUAAAAUAAAUAUUCAGAAUGGGUGUUGUAGCUAAUUUCACCCAGUCAGCUGUUCUGGCCAUUGCCUGCCUGAUUAUGGCACUAGCAACCAUCGUUAAUGUCGGCUGUUCGUUGCUGCCGUGGUGGUUUAUUCUCAAGUUCGACUUCCAAGACGGGACGUUUGGUACAGAGCCGGCCAUGCAGCAGAGUAUUGACACGGGCAUCUUCUACAUGUACAAACCGGACAAGCCGGGACUGGACAGUCGUCUGCCUGUACUGAUGACCAGUCUAAUGGCCAUGGAGACAGCUACCAACAAGUUUGCAGUUCCAAGGAUGUUCAAGGUUGGCCAGGUGUUUUACAGCAUAGCGCUGUUUGGAACAAUGGCGUGUACCGUCGCAGCGUUCCUCCUGGCGGGACGACGACUCGGCUCUCUGACGGGAAGCAUGGCGCUCGCGGCAUUCAGCUUCGCCUGUGGGAUCUGCAAUGUGUUGGGGGUGGUCCUACUGCUGCUGUGUUCGCUGGAUCUGGACGGAUCCAACGAGUGGAAUCUGAUGCCCCUCGACCUGCCGUAUCGCCACUUUGUCCUCAACGCCCAUCCGGCUCUUGAGCUCAACUGGGCCUUCUACAUCGCCUGCAUAGGAGCCAUGCUCAGUGUCGUCGGUGCUGUUCUCAUCGCUGUUCAGACCCUACAGCUAUGUCGCAGCAUCGAGGAGAUCCGGCAGAAACAACACACAACGAAACCUCUGAUGGAACCGUACCCAGAAAACGUCUUGGCGUUCAGCUACAAGGCCAUGAAGCCACCCCGGCCACCGCCAUCUCCGAGAGACAUGCAUCAAGGAUUUGUGAUCAACGCACCUCAGCAGCAGAUGUUUGUUGCAGCCCCCUACCUUCACCCUCCAGAACAAGAGCAGUACAGGCCCCCACCUGAUCCAGCAUCAUAUUCCAGGUACCGCCCGCCUCCCUCACCACAGCCAAGUGCAGAAAGUGAUGUUAGCGGUGGGUACAGACUGCGACAGGUUGAAAUAUAGACAUUCAUAUCCAAAUUGACAUGUUGAAAUAUGAACGUUCGUAUCCAGAUUGACAAGUUAAAAUUUGUUUGCUUUUACAGGAUUCAUAUGGGUUGUGGAAUUUGUACACAUCCUUUGAAAAAGCAUGGAAAAUGAAAAUUGCUUGAUACUUUAUUUUUAUAAGGAUACAAAAGAUAGGCAGUUAUAUUGCGUUAAUGGUCGCAGAAAAAUCUCACAAUAAAUGGCCAUGGAAAAUGUGUUCUUUAAGUCAUGAAUUUCAGUUGAUAACAAAGUAUGAUCCUGUUUUACGUUAAUCCAUCUUGUUAACACAGAUAAACCUGUAUAUUUUGUAAAUAUAUGAUGUCUGCUAUUGCAUACUAAUACUAAGGAAUUCACUGUUCAGAAUUAAUUUUUAAAAACUCAUAUUAUUUAAGCAAAAUGUCUUGGGUUACUAAAUGUAUCACCAUACAUGUCUACAUUAUUUGUACGAUUUAGUCUCAAAUAACUAUUACGUUAGACAACAUAGCUAUAGUUUUAAAAUGUGCUGAGGUGUCAUUAAACAAACAUUCCUUUCCUUCUAUAAACUGUAACAUAUUGGUAUUUACAUUCCAGUGUAGCAAUUUCUUUUCAUUUACUUUAAAAUAUCACAUCAUUAUGGUCAGAUUGCUUCAUUUAAUGUUAAUUGUUUUGUUUGUCUUGCUGUUGCUAUGCAAAGAGACGAGACAAAGUGUUAUUUUCCCGACGAUGGUGACAGUUUUGAUAGCGACAGUGUUAACAUCUGUAUUUAUCUCAACAUUGGGCUUUAUCUCAUUCCAGUCAGUGCACCACGACUGGCAUAUCAAAGGCCGUGGUAUGUGCUAUCCUGUUUGGGAUGGUGCAUAUAAAAGAUCCAAGGGUGGGAAGUAGCCCAGUGGUAAAGCUUUUGCUUGAUG